UGGAACAUUAUAGCUAAGAUAAACAAGUGUGAAAACUCUAGCUGUUUGCUCUAACUAGCUUGCUUUUCACUCACAAUUCGAUGUUUGUACCAAGAGCCGUGUCCAAGAGCUCCUAUGGAGAACAGAAGAAGAAGGCUGCAGUAAAGAGAGCAAUGGUACAAACUGGAACUACAGACGACACUCAAAAUACAACACCACUGGAUAUGGAUAAAUCCCUUGCCAAUAUUACUGAGGAGGGAAUGAUGAAAGACGCUGUACUGAGUUAUACUACUCCACCUGUUAGAUCUACCGUGGACGUAAGCAAUGAUGUCAUAACUGAGGAAAAGGUCGGUGAUGAUGAUGAAGAGCCGAUAAUAUGCUACAGUAAGCAGCAGAGGUGGGCGGAGUCUGGUGAGCCUGUGUGUGUGGUGUGUGGGCGGUAUGGUGAGUAUAUUGUGGACAGAACUGAUCACGACGUGUGCAGCUUGGAGUGUAAAGCCAAACACCUGCAUCUGCUCGGGUUACCAUUGACAACAACAAACAGGGAGGUAGGAAAGAAAGAAACGGAGGACAAGUCAAAUGCAAAGCGGGGCAUGAUGGUUCAAAUAAAAGAUGUGGAAUCAACCAAAAACAAUUCGUUAGUUAUUACAGAAAAAAUGUGUGAAGGAUGGACGUACAGCGAAGAUGCUCUUAUUACAGCCAUGACAGACAAUCAAGUGGAAGCAGUUAGAAAUAAGUAUUCAGUUUCUGUUCGAGGAGGAGGUGCUCCUAGACUAAUCACAGAGUUCAACCAUCUUGGAUUGCCCACUCAAGUGUUUGGCAACCUGAAGGAGGGAGGGUAUGUGAGCCCCACCCCCGUACAGAUGCAGACAAUACCAGCUGCCCUGUCAGGGAGAGACCUCCUCGUCUGUGCCGCCACUGGCAGUGGAAAGACUCUCUCGUUCCUCCUGCCCCUCCUCCUCUCUAUCCUCGGCUCUUCAACCCCUCAGACUCGGGGGGCACACCCCAGGGCACUCGUACUGACCCCCACCAGGGAGCUGGCCAUGCAGAUAGAGUCACAGGCCAAGGAGAUCAUGAGAGGUGUCCCUAUGAUGCGUACAGCGUUGAUUGUGGGUGGUAUUCCAGUCGCCCAACAGCUGCACAGACUACGCUCUGGAGUGCAAAUCCUCAUAGCAACUCCGGCGAGGCUCAAUGACAUCAUAACGCAUCACACAUCCGAUAUUGAGUUAAUGGACGUUGAGAUGUUAGUGGUUGAUGAAGUCGACUGCCUCCUACAAAUGGGCUUUGAAAAUCAGUUUUGUGAAAUUGAAGAACUUCUUCCCAAGAGCAGACAAAAUUUGAUGUUCUCUGCAACUAUUCCUCGAAGGAUUGAGAAAAUGGCUUCUGAACUGAUGAACAGUCCACUCUUCAUCACCAUCGGUCAGCCCAGUGUUCCCUGUGACUCCAUCAAGCACACUGUCAUCUGGGUGGAGGAGAACUCAAAGAGGAAGAAGCUACUGGCUUUGCUUGAUGACACCAGGCACUUUAAACCACCUGCAGUUGUUUUUGUGAGCUCAAAGAUGGCAACCUUAUUAUUGGCUGAUGCCAUUUGUAAGACUCGGCCCCAUCUCUCCACAGUUGGUAUCCAUGGCGAUAUGGCACAAGAGCGCCGGAGCGAGAUACUGAGCGGGUGUCUGGAGGGAAAGUAUUCCGUUGUCGUAGCAACCAACGUCCUGGGGAGAGGAUUGGACUUAGUGUCUGUGAAACAGGUUAUAAUUUUCGAUAUGCCAGCUUCAAUUACUGAGUUCAUACACCAGGUGGGGCGCUCUGGUGGACAGAGCUCUCCUGGCUCAGCCUACACUUUUAUCAACAACAGUAACCAAGCUGUGUUCAUGGACCUGACCACUCUGCUUGGGCCUCAGGGCACACAGCUGCCUUCCCAACUAACUGGCUCCCCACACCUCAGAGCUCAGCUGGACAAGAGGAAGAAACUUAGUGAGAAGGGCCCAGGGGCUAAGAGACGAAAGACAGGUGCCGGAUGCUACCAAGACGGCUCUUAUCGCAAUAAGGAGAGUCUAAUUGAUAUGAUCAAAGCAAGCUCCAAGAAACGAAAAACUUAACUCUAUGCAACGAUUUAUAACUGUACUGUUGUUUGUUUGUGCAUAGAUAGUAGAGCGACUCUACUAUCUAUGGUUUGUGUGUUG